AAAGGGAUAUAUGAAAUUUUAAAAAUGCUUUGAUUUUCAUUUUAUAUUUAGAAUAACAAAAAAGUAAAAUCAGUAAGAGACAGAAACGAAAAAAGGUCAGUUUUUUCAUUUUCUGAGACCGGAAGGGGUCAUCAGCAAGUGUGGGGCCAAACAGAGUACGUUGCAUAAACUGUACAUACAUUUUUUUUCGUUAGUUUUCGUGGUCAAAAUGAGAGAUCAGGUGGCCGAUCUUAAAAUAAAUCAAUGUUGAUUUUUUUUAUAGAACGUUAAAGUUUUGCGAAGCCAGGAGGCGGGACUACUUGAUUGACAGCCUGGUCUGGAAUGAUUGACAGGUCCUAUGGAGGAGGCAGCAGAGACUCUGUUCUCCUCCUUUGGAUUAAUUCUGAUAUAAUAACUGUUGGUUUAUUUAUCGGUGCAGCAGCAGAACAUUUUCCACAGACAGUUUUCCUGCCCGUUGGCUUUUUUAACCAGUUUUCUGCCUUCGGCUGAUUCUACCAGCAGACACUGAAAGGACUCUGAUAGUUCGGUCCCUCUCUAUCUUCCCACACAUCCACCAACCACUGGAACACAUCUCCAAAGUUCUGCUGGACCAGCUCAGCUUCCCCUCAGAAGAAGUGCUGCCACCUGCCAGAUGAAGGAGCCUUUUGAGAGGCAGCUGGCAUCGUGAUUGGACUGUACUUUGGUCUGUUCCAAUCCAGCUUCAGCUCCAGAGACGGCAGGCGGGACGAGUCAACGGAGGCCGGAUGGACGAAGGCAUGCAGCUGAGUACAAUCCAGAAAACAACAGAGGAGGAGUGCAGCGGCCCAGAGCCAGAACAACCAGAGUAGCAUGACCAAAGAACUACAGACUCUUCACAACCUGCUCAAACUCUUGGUACAGGACCUCACCACACGGGUCAAGAAGAUGUCCUCCCCACAGAUCCGUUCUCUGUCCUGGGGUCUGAUGACGGUGGAAGGAAGCUCCGCCCCCUAUAAGGACUGUAAGGUGUGGCCUGGAGGCAGCCGGGGCUGGGAUUGGAGGGAGACCGGAACCGACCACCGUCCAGGAGUUCAGCCUGCAGAUCUGGAGGAGGUUCUGAAGAAAGGAGUGGACCUGCUGGUGAUUGGUCGAGGAAUGAGUGAAGCUCUGCAGGUUCCUUCCGCCACGCUGGACUUCGUGCAGCAGAAAGGAGUGGAGGUUCGGGUUCUGCAGACGGAGAAAGCCGUGGCUGAAUACAACAAACUGGCCGUUCAGGGCGCCAAGGUGGGCGGAGUCUUCCACUCUACCUGCUGAUGACAUCACCCGCUCAGGGGCGGAGUCUGUUUCUGUGUAGCUGCAUAGUUCAGAGCUUCUCAGUAGAAACCAGAGACUCGUGGUAGGACUGAAGUCUGAAUGUUAAAUGUUGGGUUCAAGCUAUCAGGAAGUUGACUAGACAGGAAGUCUUGGUUCCACUUCCUGAGUUUUAUCACAGUAAAAGCCUCUCUGCUCUCUAACUUCCAUCCUUCAGGUAGAAUCUUCUGCAUUUUAAAGACUUGAACAUGUUUUGCUGCUAGAAAAUAUUUUCUAAUGAAAUCAUGAUUUCUGUCCAGAUUCACAGAAAAUGACCUUCAGAGAAACUCUGAGGUUUUCAGACAGCAGCAGAUAAAUUAUUCAGAAUGUUGGUGGAUGUUCCCUCAGAGUUUAGAGGGUAUAUUAUCAGAAUAUUUAAGAACUGCAGCAGACAAGAUUUUAAAGUGUGCGCUAGAUGUUAGCUCUGAGAACCAGGAGUGUUUUAAUAAACUAAAGGUCUACCUGCUAGAAGCUGCAAACAUUCAGAUUCUACUUCAUUUAUUAAUCCUGCUGCUUUCUGUCCUAAAAUAAUUUGUACGUCUUCACUGUAAACAAACCAACACUCCUGUUUGAUGUUGGAGCUCAGAAACUUUCUGAACGUUGGUUUCUGUAAAGUUAAAGUUCUUGAAACAUGUUGAGAUCAGAGCUUCAUGAAGCCUUUGUGUGUUUUACUGAGGAUGGAAUCUGGAUUUAAAAUGUUCCAGAAGUGUAAUAAUCAGAUGUGAUUUAAUUUUCUGGACUUUAAAACGAAGAGAGAAGAUGUGAAGCUUGUUGUUUGUUGCACUAAAUAAAAGUAGAAAAUGAA